AUGCACGAUAUAACGUUUUCCGCAUCUGUUUCCGUCCAGAUGCUGCUUGCCUUUCUGGUGCUAGUGCUCAUCGGUGCACGAUUCUAUCUCAAGCUCGCCAUCCAACGGAAAUCGCUCGAGGCAACAGACUACUUGGUCUUUUCGGCAUGGUUGUGUGCUUUUAUCGCAUCUACUGCAGAUAUUGUCAUGUUGCAUGCCAACGUGCCCGACGACACUCUGGCCAGUUUUGCCAAUUACGAGACCAGCAAUCCGGAAAUUCUUGUCUUUAUACUCAAGGUACGCGAUCUGUACUACGCAAUCGACAAUUACGUCUUUCUCAUAGUUGCCUGCCUACCGCCACUCAGACCCUACCUAAACUUGAUGAGCGGAAGCUCGGCGCCAUCUUCGAGACAGACCAAGUCGUCGCAGGGAUCCUCGGCGGGCGCCCAGUCGCAAGACCUCCAGUGGAGGAACUCCCAACCGUGGAGACAGCCCACGCAGCUGUCUCCGAUAUCGCCAAACGCCCCUGUCGCGCGGCUGGGCAGCACCGAUACCCUCGAAGGCCGCGGCGCUGGCGCGUACGAUUAUGAACUUGAAGACAUGCCGAGAGGCGGUGUUGCGGUUUUGCACGUGUAG